CAUACGGCCCCUUUACACCUGACGUUAACGUAACGUUUGAACGGUUGGCAUUUUUUUUUUAGUACCGGAGCCAACUUACCAUCAGAAACCAGACCUGCCCAGUGUUUCGGCUUUUCGAUAAGAGCAUGGAAGCCAAAUAUUAACUCGGUUAUAUUCCAGAAGUCUGCGAGGAGGAGAGGGCAGCGUUGGCAUCUGUCCAUGCGCGCUCCACACCGGGCUAUUUAUCAUGGAACUGUGACCCCGGCCGAGGUACAACACAUGCUUUCCCCACCUAUACUUUUUCCAGGUGUUUUGAUGUAAGCACGGGGUGUUUCGACGAUAUCUUUAGAAAAAAAAAUGCACUGAAUGUCGGGCUGUCAGUGUCAGUGACGCAACAUCUCACACAGACUGCAUGAGAAAUACAUGCGUAGAAGGGCGUGAACUUGCAGACACUAACCUCCUUCCCAUUAAUAAAGCACCUACUUAUCUAUAAAGGCAGUUUGCUCCAUUAGCAACCCCUUACCCUUUAUCCAUCUAAACUCAUCCCGGGGACAUAAUGGAUAUCAAAGCGGGCUCGGAGGACAUGGACUACAAGCGACCGGCUCCUAUUGAAGUUUUCGCCAGCAGGUCCACGCUGCAUGGCAUCUCGCACAUGUUCACCUAUGAGCGGAUGUGUAUCAAGCGUAGCCUGUGGAUUUUGUUCUUCCUGGGCUCCGUGGGUGUGCUGGUGAUGGUGUGCGUGGACCGCGUGCAGUUCUACUUCCAGUACCCCCACGUCACCAAGCUGGACGAGGUGGCGGCUCCAAUGAUGGUGUUCCCUGCGGUCACCUUCUGCAACCUCAACUCCUUCCGCUUCAGCCGUGUGACUCGCAACGACUUGUACCACGCUGGGGAGCUCCUUGCCUUGCUCAACGGCAGGUAUGAGAUCCGGGACCCACACCUGGUGGAGGAAAAUGUCCUGCAGAUCCUGAAGGAGAGGGCUGAUUUUGACAACUAUAAGCCCCGCCCCUUCAACAUGCGCGAAUUCUACGACCGAACGGGCCACGACAUCAAGGACUUGCUGCUUUCCUGCUACUACCGAGGCAUGGAGUGCAGCGCUGAAGACUUCAAAGUGAUAUUCACGCGCUAUGGAAAAUGCUACACCUUCAAUUCAGGCCAAGAUGGACGACCUUUGUUGGUGACGAUGAAGGGUGGGAUGGGCAAUGGCCUGGAGCUGAUGCUGGAUAUCCAGCAGGAUGAAUACUUGCCUGUAUGGGGAGAGACUGACGAGACAUCAUUUGAAGCAGGGAUCAAAGUGCAGAUCCACACUCAGGAUGAGCCGCCGUUCAUAGACCAGCUGGGCUUUGGAGUGGCGCCCGGGUUUCAGACCUUUGUAUCCUGUCAGGAACAACGGCUGACGUACCUGCCUCCGCCGUGGGGGGACUGCAAGGCCACGCCGAUGGACUCAGACUUCUUCAGCACCUACAGCAUCACCGCCUGUCGGAUCGACUGUGAGACACGAUACCUGGUGGAGAACUGCAACUGCAGGAUGGUCCACAUGCCUGGAGAUGCCCCAUAUUGCACCCCGGAGCAGUACAAAGAGUGUGCAGAUCCUGCCUUGGACUUUCUUGUUGAGAGGGAUAAUGACUACUGUGUGUGUGAGACACCGUGCAACUUGACACGCUACGGUAAAGAGAUGUCCUUUGUCAAAAUACCCAGCAAAGCAUCAGCAAAGUAUCUUGCCAAGAAAUUCAACAAGACAGAGCAGUACAUAGCUGAUAACAUUCUGGUUCUGGAUAUCUUCUUUGAAGCGCUGAACUACGAAACCAUUGAACAAAAGAAAGCCUACGAAUUGGCAGGCCUUCUGGGUGAUAUUGGAGGUCAGAUGGGCCUUUUCAUCGGAGCCAGCAUCCUCACCAUUCUCGAACUCUUUGACUAUCUAUAUGAGGUGAUCAAGUAUAAGCUGUGCCGAUGCGCGAAGAAUAAACACAAAGGCCGCAACAACAAUGACCGAGGAGGUGUGCUGAGCCUGGAUGAUGUGAAACGCCAUGCUCCUUGUGAGAACCUGCGUACACCAUCCACAUAUCCUGGCAACAUGCUACCUCAUCACCCGGGCCAGGGUAACUUUGAAGACUUCACUUGCUGAGCAGUCUUGAGUGAAGCAUCAAAGUGUGUGUUAUGCAACCAAAGCCAACCAUACAACAAGAACUAUCCAUCACGGGGAGUGCGAGGAACUGAUACGAAGUCUAACAAAGGCACUUUUUUCAUAGAAACGUAGGACAAAUCAAAAAGGACAAAGAACUUUAACCUGAGGCCAAGUGGAGAGGAUAUCCAAAAUAUAAAAUAAAUUGUUAAUUUUUCAGAGAACAUUUCAUGCAGCACUCUCAAACUCUUCUAUCUCUGUGUUUUCCUCUGGAAUACUGCCACAAAGGAUGCUCAUGGAGAAACCUUGCCAAUACAGACCUCUCUUUCAGAAGACAAGAAAAUCGCAAAAGUAAAUAGAGGAAAAUGUACAGUUAUCUCACCGUAAACAGGUGAUCAGAAAAAAGAGCCCCCAUGCCUUUAUAUAACGCAGUAACACACAAUGGUUUCACACAGCAAUGGCCUGCUAGUGGGACAGAUAUUCACACUGCUUACUCCAUUGUACAUGUAGCAACAUCUGUAACUGUUGCGGCGCUCCAUAAAACAACAGCUGGACUAUGUGUAAUUUGUCUGAGAAUGUAUCUAUGUUCACAAUGAGUGUUUGCAAGGAAAUUCCCGGGGGUUUUGGUGGCAGUGGUAGAGGUGCAUCAUCUACCAUUUAAAAUGUCCUGGUGAAGAUUUCAGGUCUCAUCAUGUAAAUGCAUGCUUGUGUUUGUCCAGUGCAUGUUCUUCAUUUAAUUUCUAAUUG